ACAUGAACAAGACGUGGCUUGCCAUGCAGAUCCGAUCCUCUCUAUUAUCUCUCAUGUCUGGUGGUAGACGUAUUGAGGAUGAUCAUUUUGCAGUGAUCGACAUUUUGAGGAUGAACAUUCUGCACCCGGAUGGGGCUACUAGACUACUCAAGCAUGUGGAUAAAAGUGAUGUGCUGAUAGAGAUGAUUAACAAUGUUACUUCAAGUCCUCCCCUUCCAGCAAAUCUUUUGACCAGUAUUCGUGCUGUUACUAACGUCUUCAAGAAUUCAUGCUACUAUCCAUGGUUGCAAAAGCAUCGCAGUGAGAUUCUUGAUGCAUUUUCAAGUUGUUGUUCAUCUCCAAAUAAGAAUGUGCAAGUGUCUUAUGCUAAUUUGAUCCUCAAGUAAGUUGAACUAAGUCUUGCUGCAAGGUUUACUUUGCUGUUAACCGGG